GUGCCACACAGCUGCCUGUGCUCAAGGUGCCUUUGAUGUGUGCAGCAGCUUCUGGAAAGUGGACUGCAGCUUUCCCAUCCCCAUCACCUCCCCUCCCACCACCACCUCAGCCCACACAUGCGAUUUGUUUAAGAAAAGUGAUGAAAUGAACAAGAAGUGAUGAAUUACGGGCGAGUUUCCCUAAAGAGAGAUUGGAACGAGGAGCUUGGGGGAGCGGAUCGCAGCCAGCACAGAAGCUUGCAAGGGGAAGAGAUCUCUGUUGCCCUUUUUUUUUUUUUUUUUUGCAACGGAAAGGAAUUGAUCUGGGGCUGGGGGUGCUGAAUGUUUGGCUGGGUGUUAAUGUAUCUUAGCGGCGAUAUGCACAAGGCUCUAUAUGCUUGUAUUUGACUUGCAAUGCCGGCGUCUCUCUGGGAUGCAAACCCUUGCACAGGAUGAAAACAGGUCAGUCUUCUAGAAUGCCUGAGGAAAAUUCCCCAAGACGGAGUCCUCAGAAUAUUCCUUAUCAGGACCUCCCUCAUAUGGUCAAUGCAGAUGGACAAUAUCUUUUCUGCAGAUAUUGGAAACCAGCCGCAACUCCAAGGGCCCUCGUGUUUAUCGCUCAUGGUGCUGGGGAACACUGCGGCCGCUAUGAUGACUUAGCCCAGAUGCUGACAGGACUUAACUUGUUUGUAUUUGCUCAUGACCAUGUUGGCCACGGGCAGAGCGAAGGUGACCGCAUGGUCGUGUCAGAUUUCCAUGUUUUCAUCAGAGACAGCUUGCAGCACAUUGAACUCAUGAAGAAGGAUCACCCAGACAUCCCAGUUUUCAUUCUGGGGCAUUCCAUGGGAGGAGCCAUCUCCAUCCUAACUGCCUGCGAGAGACCAAACGAGUUUUCAGGCCUGGUGUUAAUUUCUCCUUUAGUUGUAGCAAGCCCAGAGGUAGCGACGCCUAUCAAGGUUUUUGCAGCUAAAGUGCUCAACUUUGUUCUACCAAAUCUGACGCUGGGAGCUAUAGACCCAAAUGUGGUUUCCCGGAACAAAAAGGAGGUUGAAUCUUACACCUCAGACCCCCUGGUCUACCAUGGGGGCAUGAAGAUCUCCUUUGUCAUCCAGCUGAUGAAUGCCGUUGCCAAAAUAGAGCGAUCCCUGCCUAAAUUGACUCUGCCAAUCCUGGUGCUACAUGGUUUGCCCGACAAGCUCUGCGACAUCAAAGGUUCCUACUUACUGAUGGACACCGUGCAGAGUCAGGACAAAACACUCAAGGUGUAUGACGAGGCCUAUCAUGCUCUCCAUAAAGAGCUGCCUGAGGUCAGCACUGCUGUGUUUAAGGAAAUACUAACAUGGAUUGGUCAGAAGGUCUCAGCAGCUGGGGGACCCAGCCACACUUGAGCCGCCUUGUUACCUUCUCAAUGGUCUUCUGGGGAUGGAAGUUUUUGGGGGUUUGGGGUUUUUUUUUAAAGUCUCUCUGGAAAAGAUUUAACUUAGAGGGACUCUUAGGAUACUUUGCUGUCAAUAGACAUUCCUGUCACAUAGGAGGGAGCCACCACUCAGUCAUUUAAAGAGGCCAUUGCCCUAAAGCAGGAAAGGGGGUUAUGGCAGCAGAAGUUGUCACUGAAAACUUUCCAGGUUGGUUAUUGUACUACAAGGCUCCCGUUCAGAAAAGCCCCCUCGCCACCUCCCAUGUUCUUUGUUUUCUCUGGAAUUCCUGAUGUGCCAAGGCUGUUUUUAUUCUGCAAUAAUCUUUGGAAUGUUCAGUAGUUCUGCAUCUUUCAUUUCAUUCCAUUUCUACUCCUGCGGAGUAUGGUCCCCUUCCCUGCUCCCACAGUUGCAGAACAUACUGUAUAAGAAGUCUUUAUCCUUGAGAAGGGAACAUUAGAGAGAGUUAGCAAAGAGAGCUUGGGGAUGGGGAGAGAGGAAUAAUUCCAUUCCAUACUUGAAGGUGAAAAGCUAAUUUUCUAGGUCAAACCAAUAUGAAGCAACCUCUUUUAGCACAUGAGGCCUGAAGGGUAGGGUCCUACCCUACCAGUUUGCACUCUAGAAAGACAUGUUGUUUAACAGCUGUUUAAUUCCCAGCACCAGAGCAGAGUUCACAGAGGAGAAGGACCAAUGUAGAAUAAGAUACUUAAAACCUACUAAGCACACACAAACCGUGUGACUUCCAGAUACCAAACCCUCUCCCCUCGGCAAGAUGAGCUACUCUGUAAAUAUUCCUAGGGGCUGCUUUUUUAAAAAAAUUACUUGUGCUACUGAUACUUAAGAUGUAAAGUCAAAAUUUUAUUUAAGAGGAAAUAUUAAUAUACUAUAUGAUGUCUAUCUCGGCGGCUCAGAGAGCUGUCACUGAGGAAGGGAGCAGAGUCUGAAGAAGGAGCUAACUGUCCUCACCCCUGCACUGUGGUAGCCAUGGCAAGGUUGUCCCACCAUGGUCCAUUCCUCUCAUAACUACUCUACAGCAAUCAUUUGGCCUUUUCCCCUCAUCAGCUGGAGAUGGCCAGAAAUGCUAGUCAAGCUCAGAACAUCUAGUGAAGGGAAGGGCAUUGAGAUGAAUGACAUGUACCCUCACAGUCCACUUAUUUACUAAGAGCCUCAUAAUGUUAUUAGGUUCCCCUGCAAGCACUUCCGAUUCUGUGAAAUGGUCAUUUCUUGGGUGAUUCUCCUAGACUUAGCAGCUGUGUCUUAGCUGGGUGGCAAUGAAGGAUCACACUUGCUUCUGAGAGGUAGGUGGGCAGUUAAAAGCAGAUCAUAGAGCACACUAGGUAGCCAAACAUCUGUAUCUGAAUAUUGGGGCUACAUAGAACAAGCUGUACGGAAGGAUAUUAAUGAACUACCACGAGGACAGCUGCCACCAGAAAGUUUGUAAAUCCAGCAGAUUCUGAUAUUGGUUGGAAGCUACAGAUCCAAAUGCCAGAGCUGACUGGUCUUUCAUACCAGCAAGGCAAGAGGAAGACUUCUAGGAGAACUUUCCAUGUGCAAACUCACUCACAUGGCAAGUGAGCUUGCAUCAACCUGUUAGCCUGUCUUCUGGUAGUUGUGUUACAGCUCGUCUACACAGGGAAAUCUACUGCCAAAAUUAUACGGUUAUACCACUGUGGUUAUGCCAGUGUAAACUCCCUGUAUGGACAUACAAGUGUCCACACAGUUAUACCAGUGGACACUCAGGGGCUAGGUCUACGCUACCCGCCUGAAUCAGCGGGUAGAAAUCGACCUCUCGGGGAUCGAUUUAUGGGACGCGACAAUCGAUCCCCGAAUCGAUGCUCUUACUCCACCAGCGGAGGUGGGAGUAAGCGCCGUCGACAGAAAGCCGCAGAAGUCGAUUUUGCCGCCGUCCUCACAGCGGGGUAAGUCGGCUGCGAUACGUCCAAUUCAGCUACGCUAUUCACGUAGCUGAAUUUGCGUAUCUUAAAUCGACUCCCCCCUGUAGUGUAGAUGUACCCUUAGAUCAGUUAUACUGGUAUAAUUAUACCAGUAUAGUUUUGCCAGACAAUGCCCCAUGCAGACAUGCCCUUAGUAAUAGGCCUCUGCCCACAUGCAGGUGGGAGUUUAGCUUUUUCCUCCCACUCCCUUACGUGUUCCAACAAUAAGUCCAUCAAAGUUCUGCAGAGGGUGGGGGAAGCAUUUCACCACAGAGAAAAGCAAGUAUCCUCCAUGGCUCCCAUUGUAGAGGGGGCAUAUACAGGCAUUAUACAGCAGCUGGAGCUAUCACAGGUCCUCGCUGCUCCCUUUCCAACUCUGCCCUGGAGGAGAAUAGGGCAGUAUUCCCAUCACGAGAGAUUGCUGCUGCUUCAGUGGCUUGUAAGGCAAUGUACCACUAUUACACCAAUAUUUCACUUCCCCUUGAAACCCGUUCUGGCAGGACUCAGGAAAGGUAACCUUGUGCAAUAACAAUAAUAUUCAGAGACUGACUUUCAUGACCUCAGACCUGUUCUCUAAUAAGGGUUUGAGAAGUUAAUGGAAGUCAUCCUUGUGCUUGCAACGGUGUAGUGCAUCUAAUCAGAAAUGCUGUUCUUUACAGAUUGGCUCUGGCAUUUGUACAGCUCUGGCUUCCUGGCUACAAUCUGAGAAAUCACUAUAGAUCUCAGGAGUUCAGCUGGACUUGAAUUUAAAACCCUGUUCCAGCCAAUCAACUGCUACCACCACCAAUUGUAAACCCCUUCCAAUGGCUUUUGGGUAUCAACACAAGGUGAAGCUCACGCACUGCAUGCUCCGGAGUUUCCAGUGAGCUGGCUUGUUGCAACAUUGUUCUCCUAUAGGUCGGUCCCUCCCUCCCGCACACACACUAACCAUGAGAUGGGGAGCAUGGAGACAUUACAGUGGUGGGAGACCCUGCCUACCUCUUAGGCCUCGCGCAUGCAUUAGGGUAGAUGUAAUCAUACAGGGAUGUGUGCUAGGGUAACAUGGGGAGUACUAGACGUACUUAUUUUAUAAAUAAAAAGAGGUGAUUAGACGGUAUGAUUUUCAAAAGCUCCCAAUGUUGUCCUGAGUCUGCUACCAUUGACUUAAAGUGGAGCAGAAUUAGUUGAGUGCUGAGCUCUUUUGGGGGGGGAGAGGAGAGAAUCCUAAAUGAACAAGCACUGGAAAAAAAGAACUAACCCUACAGCGUGA